GUGGCGCGCGCUCUGGAGCUCGAGAUCACCGGUGACCGUACUGCACUUGCUGAUAGUCCGAUUGCACAAUGACCAUAAUGACCCUCUCUUAGCACUGGACCGGGUCGUAUCUGGAUCGUUAAGUCGGGUCGGCUUUGGUCGCGACAGCUGUUUCCGGUCAGCGCUUCAUUUAUCCAGUGUACCAGACGAACAGAAACUACUUCCUUUAAUACCUUAUUUUGACACCUUUAUGAACCCAAUCUAAUGUAAUCUGACGCUGAUGACGCUUGAGUUCACGCGUGCAUUUGGACUUUAUGAUUGAACACUGCAGCGCAACAGGACGCGGAUCAUCGGACGGGUAUUUAGCGCGUUAUGAUGAUGAUGAUGUCAUUAGUGUGAAACUGAAGCUGCUCAGGUGAGAAGUAUCAGAAUCUCUGUCACCUGAUAUGGCCAUCAACAUCACCGGCUCCAUCAGGGACUCAGACGGUCUGUCUGUUCUGGAGCAGUUGGGUUUGGAUCAGAACUGCUCAGAUUUCUCAGACUCAAACGUGCAGCAGCGACUGGACGAGCAGCGUGAGAGGAUUCGCAGGGAGAUUCGCAAAGAGCUGAAGAUAAAAGCGGGCGCAGAAAACCUGCGGCGGGCGACAACUGACAAACGCAAUGCGCAGCAGGUGGAGAGUCAGUUACGCAGCUCCACCCGCAAACUCGACUCGCUGCACGCUCAACUGCAGGAGCUGGACGCACACAUCGUCGUCAAGGGUCACGAUGAGGGCAAAGAUGACAUUCAGCCUCUCGGGUCGAUGGGUCGCUCCACUGCCAAUCAGGACCGGAUUAAAGCUCUGGAGCGACAGCUGAACAUUGAACUGAAGGUCAAACAGGGGGCCGAAAACAUGAUCCCCAUCUACGCCAACGGAGUAACCAAGGAUAAGAAGUUGCUUCAGUCAGCUCAGCAGAUGUUGCAGGACAGUAAGACGAAGAUCGACAUCAUCCGUAUGCAGAUCCGUAAAGCCAUGCAGGCCACAGAGCAGACAGAUGAGUCUCAGGGUAAGCAGGAUCUGUGUGGCGUGGAGCUCCGCAUCGAGGAGUUGUGGCAUCAUUACCGAGUGGAACACGCCAUGGCCGAGGGCGCCAAAAAUAUGCUGAGACUCCUGGGAGCUGGAAAAGCACAAGACAAGAAAGCGAUGGCUGAGGCUCAGAGUCGCUUGAGUGAAGCGUCUCAGCGGUUGGAUCUUCUGCGAGUGUCGUUAGAGCAGCGUUUGGUGGAUCUUCCGGAGGAUCAUCCUAAAGUGUGUCUGAUCAAAGAGGAGUUGGUGUUAGCAUCAUCAUCUGCAUUCAGCUCACGUCACAGCGCCCCCUUUGUCCACAACCAGUACAGCACCCUCAGCAAACCCUCACCUCUCACCGGUACGCUGCAGGUGCGAUUGUUGGGGUGUGUGGGGUUGUUAGAGAUGGUUCCCGGCCGCAGUCGAGCAUCUCCGGUGGUUUUACCUCAUUUCAGUUCAACAGAUGCACGAGCCUUCAAACUCACUAUGAGCAGCAGAAACAGCAGCUUCAGUCUGAAGACACCAAACAAGAGUGACGAGCUGUCCUCGGAGGUGAGUGCCGUGCUGAAGCUGGAGAACUGUGUGGUUGGUCAGACUGGUUGGAAGAGUGUUGGAGAACAGAGCUGGGAUCAGAGCUUCACUGUCGAGCUGGAGAGAUCCAGAGAGAUGGAGAUCGCCGUGUACUGGAAGGACUAUCGCUCGCUCUGCGCUCUCAAAUAUCUCAAACUGGAAGAGUUUCUGGACAAUCAGAGACACAGAAUACAGCUGGAGCUCGAACCUCAGGGACUGCUGCUCUCCGAGGUGACGUUCUUUAAUCCAGUGAUCGAGAGAGGGCCACGUCUGCAGAGACAGAGGAAGGUCUUCUCUAAACAGCAGGGUAAAGCGUUCCUGCGAGCGAAGCAGAUGAAUGUGGACAUGACGACGUGGGUCAGACUGCUGAAGAACGCCAUGAGCACAUCUACACACAACUACACACAGCACAGCAACACACACAACAGCAGCAGUGAGAUUUCCAUGCAGAAGAUGUCUGCGGACACUGACUCUCCAUCAAUAGAUCUGAGGAAACACUCAUUACACACGAUGGACAGUGUGCGAGCAACAGAACCGGUCUCUCCCCCUGAUCCUGCUCCUCCUGAGAGGGGUGUCAAGAUCAUUUCCCAUAAAUCACAGCGCAGGCAGUCCAAAAGUUCACUUUGUCUGCAGGAUUUCCGAUUGAUCGCUGUUUUGGGCCGAGGACAUUUUGGCAAGGUGCUGCUGUCUGAAUAUAAACGCUCAGGAAGUCUUUACGCCAUCAAAGCACUGAAGAAAGGCGACAUCAUAGCGCGGGACGAGGUGGAGAGUUUGUUGUGUGAGAAGCGAAUCUUCGAGGCAGUGAACAGCUCUCGGCAUCCAUUCCUGGUCAAUCUGUUUGCAUGUUUUCAGACGCCAGAGCACGUGUGUUUUGUGAUGGAGUAUACACCGGGCGGUGACCUAAUGAUGCACAUACAUGCUGAUGUGUUCUCAGAAACACGCUCUGUGUUUUACGCUGCGUGUGUAGUUUUGGGGCUUCAGUUUCUUCAUGAAAAUAAGAUUGUGUACAGAGAUCUGAAGCUGGAUAACCUGCUGCUGGAUACAGAGGGUUUUGUGAAGAUCGCUGACUUUGGUCUCUGUAAGGAGGGAAUGGGUUUUGGUGACAGAACAAGCACAUUCUGUGGUACUCCAGAGUUUCUGGCUCCAGAAGUUCUGACAGACACGUCGUACACCAGAGCCGUGGACUGGUGGGGUCUUGGCGUGCUCAUUUACGAGAUGUUGGUUGGCGAGUCACCAUUCCCAGGUGACGAUGAGGAAGAGGUGUUUGACAGUAUUGUCAAUGAUGAAGUACGUUACCCAAGAUUCCUCUCCACAGAGGCCAUCAGCAUCAUGAGACGGUUGCUGAGGCGUAAUGCUGAGAGGCGAUUGGGCUCUAGUGAGAAAGACGCUGAGGACAUAAGGAAACAGCCUUUCUUUAGGAAUAUCGACUUUGAGGCUCUGUUACAGAGGAAAGUUUCUCCUCCAUUCGUUCCUGAUUUGACCGGAGAAGAAGACGUCAGUAACUUUGACGCCGAGUUCACGAACGAAGCACCGACUCUGACUCCUCCCCGUGAGCGCCGGAGCCUCUCUCGCAAAGACCAGGACUACUUCAGGGACUUCGACUACGUGUCUGACCUCUGCUAGGUUGCAGGGCACAAGCGCACUUUGAAGCUGCUAGAUAUGAGAGAUGUGGACCAUUGAAACGUCCUAGCAUGGUUCAUUCACGCUGGCCCCUGCGUAGGGUGCUCAGCUGCCCUCCGAGUGGAGAGGGGCUGCUGACGGGCAUCUGUUUGAAAUUAAUAUCAGAAUAAAAAGUUCGAUGCCACCUGACGGCCCAUAAGUGUGACUGGAGCUUUGAGGUUAAAGGUGGUAAAUAUUCAUUACUGUAUCCAAUCCGUGUAAAGGGUGAAUCCAGCGUAAAGGAUUCAAGAAUCCAGAUAAUGUGAUGCUCUGGGGUGAAUCUGAAUGCUGACAGCCAUAAUGCUUUCAUAUCCUAACGAUGCAGGAGUUUCAAAUAGUCCAAUCAGGCUCUUUCAUGACAUUAGCUUGACUCUUUAGCUUUAGACGCUAAUGAUCUUAGCUAUGUUCAGAAUGGAAUACUAGCAUACUAAUAGAGGCUCAGGUAUACUUAGUUUUUUUGCGUGCCGUUACGUCUUGCCCACAGUCAAGCAUUUAGCCUUUCAAAGUAUACUCUUUUGAUCGCGAGUCCAUAUGGACGCAGACGAUGUGCACAGGCUACCGUGCACUGCUACGUGUUGCACACAAUGCGUGUGGUUUUGGCACAAAUUUAGCUCCAUACUUAUGGCACAGAUUUCGUCAUUAGCACAGUAUGCGUGAACAAACCGCACAUUUACAAAAACUAGACUGCGCAUGGACAGUCCAUGAAUACUGUGCUGAUGACCUCAUUUGUGUCACACUUAUGGAGCCAAAUAUGUGCCAAAACUAAUCAAACAAUCUGCUUUGCAAAGGAAAACAGAAAGCGGUUUGCAAAUACAAAGGGCUAUUGAUAGAAAAUGAAGGAUAGUUAUUGUGUUCCACUGGCUUAACACACAAAUGUGUUUAUUAUUAUUAUUAUUAUUAUUAUAAAAGGCUUUUCUAAGGACGCAUCAAUAUACACUUGUGUCAGACACGCAUAAACAGUGUGUUUAGGUUGAUGUGUCAAGUUAAACAUGGUUUAAAUCUUAGAAAAACAUGUCUUGAAACCCCUUCAGUUGGAAUUGCGCUCCGUCCAGCUGUGUUUGAAUGCAAGAAUGCGUUCGUCCUCAUGUCGCAUGUGGUUUGUUCUUUGUAGAGCUGAGCUUUGCCUAUACAGCUGGAGUGUUAUGGAGCCAGAUUUCUGCCAAAACUAUACAAACACAAUUCACCUCGGAAAGGAAAACUCGAAAAUACAAAGGGCCAUUUGAGAGAAAAUGAAAGGUAGUUGUCAUGUACCACUAGCUUAAAUAUGUUGUUUUAUAUGAAGCUACAUCAUAUUCCACAAAUAUAUGCAAUCUAUUUUACAAAUUCUUCAGGAUUGUUGAGCAAAUACAUACCACUUGUGAGCAUCGUCCUCUUUUAAAACAGUAGAUGGUGCCGUGCUGCCGUAGACUUAAUCGUUUUUCACUUUUUUAUUUGAGUUUUUGCACAAAUCUGCCACCAUACACAUGCGCUGUGUGCAAGAUGUAGCAGCAUGUGGUAAACUGAAGUAUACUUUGGCCUUUACUGCGCAUUAUACACUGAAUACUGAUAAACUGCAGCAUUCUACAUCGGUGUCACAUGACCUCAUCACAUUGUGCGUUUUAUUCACCGAAUGGCAUCCAUUUAUCAUGUCAGAAAGAAACAUUGUUCAUUUGCAUUUUAUUAAUCCAAUUUUGUGUAAAACUUCUUUUGACUUCAGUUCAUGAAUUGAAAAUGGAAGGUCAUGCAGUGUGCGCUGGUUCUUGACAGAUGUGCAGACUGACAGGUUGCAUACUGUGCACAGUGUACAUACUGCAGAAAUGGGAAAAAUAGGAUGCUAGUAUACUAUCCUGAACAUAGUCACUGACUGGAAGUUUGUUAUCGGGAGUCUGAUGUCUAUCAAGGUCCAGUUUCAUGGUACUAAUGCAGUAAAAGUCUCCUUUUGUCUCUCAGUCUCUGUCUUUUGAGUUUUAAUCUAUUCAUCUGUAUGCUACACAUGAUCCAGAGACUAUAAAGUGCUGUAAUACACACAUGCAACCACACAAGAGUGCCAGAUAGAUUCAAAACCAGGAGUAAACUGUGAAAAGCUGUUUUAAUUCAGGUGCAUGUUUGUGUUGGGAUCUGUGCGUCUCUGUUAUGAGCAUGUUCUUCAGUGAAAUGUCAGUCUACUUCUUUCUCCACUUUGAAAAUGCUGAGGCGUUGUCAACAUUUAGAUUUGUAUUUCUCAGAUAUUAUUUUGUGCUGUUUCUUCAUCAUUGACUAAACUUGACGAACAAAUGUUCUGCUCGAAAUUUACUGUAUUAAACGACCGAAAAUCUUGGGCUUCAAGAUCAAUGUUCCUUUGUACUUUGUACGC